AAACAUGGCCGCUUAUGCUUCAUGAGUUAGAAAGGAAAAAGAGCAGGGUAUCGGGGAGGUAGCUGGCAUAGUGGUUGGCAAAAUGGCAGCGCCGGUAGAAGGAAUGGGAGGCCUGGGGUCUUUGGGGGCAACAGAAGCGCUCUCAGUUGCACAAGCUCUGUCCCUGCCCGCAGAAGCCUAUGGGAAUGAUCCCAACCUGGAAAUGAUGUGGGCCAUGAAGGCCUAUCAACAUGCAGAAGUAUAUUUCAAUCUUAUAUCAUCGGUGGACCCCCGCAUUCUGAAGCUGACGCGUACAGAUGAUGUAAUUUACAAAACUUUUCGGGAGGAGUUUCCUGAACUUCAGAUUGGCGUAUUGGAUCCUGAGGAAAUGAAGUCUCCAGCUGCCAAAGAGAAAUGGCGCCCCUUCUGCAUGCAGUUUGAGACCCAAGUAGAGGAUUUUAACUACGGGACCUUGCUCCGGUUGGACAGCAGUAAGGACUAUACUGAGGAGAACAGCAUCUUUGCUACCCGAAUCCAGUUUUAUGCCAUUGAAAUUGCACGGAACAGGGAAGGAUGCAAUGACGUUGUUUUCCAUCGCAGAACCGCAGCCAGCUAGAACUGGAAGAGUCUUCAGCCAAAGCAGCUUUACUGCACAGAAACAGUGGGGAGGGGGGGGUCAUAAUGGGGAUCAUCCUCUAGCUGCUGUCACAGCCAUAUUCCUGGAUUCCAUAGCACUGGACCAAUGAACAGCGCAACUAACAUUACUCAUACCCACAAUCCUCUUUAUCAAAAGAACAGGCAGCCUUGUGUUUGAUAAAGGAAUACUAAUAAUGAGCAGAGAUCUAACUUAUAAUGAGUUAGGUAAAGAGCACUUAGUAAUAUUUGCCUUUGGCAGCUAAGCAGAGGCUCUGGUAAUUCUACCUGUGUACAACUGCUGCACAAGAAGAUUUGUACAAGCACCACAAGUACACUGCCAUCACUUAAACUCUCCCUGCACAAUAGCCUCUCAACGUUGCCAUAGUUUUAUGGUAUCCUUCUGUACAGUCAGUUGGUUCUGCUGCAGCUAUGCCUCUAUCAUUUUAUUCUGUUUUUUUUUUUUUUUUGCUGGAACAACACAGCAACCGUUUAAAGGGUAAAUUCACCAUUCAUAUGAUAUAGACAGUAAUAUCAUUUUUUCAUCUGCUAUGCAGUUUCUAUGGUCUGACUUACCUUAACAACUAGGAAGUGGUUUGAAUGAGAAGCUGAAAUAAGUGAGGGCUUGAAAGUCAUUAAAAUUGUAGCUGUUUAGGAAUUUAUAGGUCAAGGACCUCCCCCCAUUUAAAAAUUGGAAUGAGUCAGGCAAUUAAUUCAAAAAAA